UGUCCCUCCAAAACAAUGCAUCUCAAACAGAAGCUGUCCCUUUCAGUGCACCAGAACUGCUGCACAGACAAAGUAAAAACCAGCACACUGGAUUAACAAAGAUGUUGGUGUAUUCCUUAGGAAUGACUCUCUAUUGGUCAGCAGACUACCAGGUUCCUCCAAACCAGUCCCUCCAGCUGAGUGACCAACUACACAUGCUCUUGCUGACGCUAUGUGAAGAUCUGCCACAUAAAAGACUUUCUCCUGAAUCAAUCCUGGAAGCAUGUGAGGUACAUCAGAAGGAAUCUGCUUCCUUACCUGCAAAUGUCUACAUAAAGAAAAUGGUCCAGUUUGCUGUGGGAAGUGUCAGUGAGGCAGAGUGGGUAGUCAAUGAAGACAGCACAGCCUCCCACCUUAACAGAAGUCAUGUAAUAAGGAAAAGACUGCAUGAGAAAAUAUCUGACACCUCACCAUUGUCCUCCCAGAUGAAUUUUCAUCAAGACAAAGGGUCCAGAUUAAUGAAUUAUAGUCAGUCAACAGAAGAUUACAGACAAGUCUCUGCUGACUACAGCGAUUCUAACAGUAUUUCUGAAAGCACAUCUUUGAUACUGUCUAACCGAGGACAUAGGAGAGGUAAAGUUCCACAGACACACAGGUCAUGGGACCCCACCCUUAGUGGGUCAAGGACACAAAGUAGCUACAAGCUCUUCAUAAACAGGUCCGUCAGCUCUGUAGAAGAAAUCCCAGGUGGAACUCAGAAGAACAGCAGACAAAACCUGCUAAGUUUAGAUUCCACCUUCUCUGUGUCUACAAAGGACUACACAGCAGCUGCCACAUCACAGAAAUGUCUGUUCCACAGGAAGGAAAAGUUUUCAGGCCCAGAAUUUAUUAUUUUAUCUAGUGAACCACCAGUGACCUUACAGCUGCCUGGAUCAAUUGUGACUAAAAAAGGGAAAUCCUAUUUGUCCCAAAGGGAUCUCAAUGUGAUUCUACUUAAUGGGCAGUGCCUUGAGGUACAAUGUGACAUCAAGUCCAAGGCAAGAGAUGUUUUCAACACCGUGGUGGCAUAUGCAAACUUGGUGGAACAUUUCUACUUUGGCUUGGCUUACCUGAAAGGUAAAGAAUUCUUCUUUUUGGAUGAGGACACCAAGCUCUACAAAGUGGCCCCAGAUGGCUGGAAUGACCAACCCAAGAAGAAAAGCUCCAUCAUUAAUUUCACACUCUUUCUAAGGAUAAAAUUCUUUGUCAACCAUUUUAAUGUUAUCCAGCAUGGCUUGACAAGGCAUCAGUUUUACCUGCAGCUUCGUAAAGAUAUUUUGGAAGAGCGAUUGUAUUGCAAUGAUGAGACUGCCCUGAAACUCGGCGCUUUGGCUUUACAGGCAGAGUUUGGCAAUUACGCUUCUGAGAUGCACGGAAAGAGCUAUUUUCGGGUUGAAGACUACAUUCCAGCAAGCCGAAUAGAGAAAAUGACCCUGGCAUAUGUACAGCGAGAGCUUGCUAAGUUGCAUCGUAUGAAUCGUUCCCUGUUUGAGGAUGAAGCUGAACUAGAAUUUCUAAAGGUGACUCAGCAACUUCCUGAAUAUGGAGUGUUAUUCCAUCAUGUGUCCCAAGAGAAGAAAGGAGCAGGAGAAGACAUCAUCCUGGGAAUCUGUGCCAAAGGCAUCAUUGUGUAUGAGGUCAAAAAUCACACAAGGAUUGCCAGUUUAAGAUUCCAAUGGCGUGAAACAGAGAGAAUUUCAGCUCAUAGAAAAAAAUUCAUUAUUGAAAGCAGCUUCAGCGGCAAGAAACACACCUUCAUUACCGAUACGGCAAAAACAUGUAAAUAUCUACUGAACCUCUGCUCUGCCCAGCACAAAUUCAAUGCACAGUCAAAUUCUAGGCAACUCCGGCAAACUUCACCAGAGGAAAGUAAAUUUGUGGAAAUAGACAAAUCAAAUUCUGCAUAUGCAGCUCAGCGUGAACACCUUGCCCUGAUUCAGAGAUUGUCUCGUUCAGAGAAUGUGCUCUAUGGAGCAAACCUGGAAAGCCUUUCUGCUGGGUUAAUGAGCAAAUCUUGUGAUAACCUCAGUGUGGAAACCAACAACAGGACUAGAGACAAAGGCAUUCUUGGCAGAUCCACAUCAGGGCUAUCCCAGUCAGAAAUGCACAUCAAUUUGAAUGGAAAGCAAAGGAGUUAUGACUACCUCUCUAUCCAUUCAACUCAGAACACAAUCAGUGGAGGACGACUCAUCUCUGUGAAUAAUAUUAGUCUUGAAGGGGUUUCAUUUAAUACUGCAGUUAAAAUCAUCCAGAAUUCUCCUGAUGAAGUGGAACUCAUCAUCUCUCAACCCAAAGAUAUGUAUGAAGAAGGAGUAAAUGAAGAAAAGAAUCUAUCAAGACGAAACAGCACUAGUGGAUCUGAGAUCUCCUGUGUAGACAGUGGGAGAAAACAGAUUCAGGACUGUCAUACAGCUCUCCCCAAAGAACAGAACAUGAAUACAGAUGAACUUGAGAAGGCUCUUUCCUGGAGUUUAGCACCAAAAUUGGGUCCUAGCAUUACAGUUCCUUCAGCUGAUAGACUGGAUGUGGAGGUAACUGAGAUUUUGAUGCUGCUCAGUAAUACAACACCCAGCAUAUUCCACUGUAAUCUGUGGUCAUAUGUUUUGCAGGGUGGAAUUAACACUAGUGUGCGUCACGGUGGGAUAUACGUGAAGUCAAUUAUUCCUAGGGGACCAGCAGAUAAGGAUGGACAAAUAAAGAUAGGUGAUCGUCUGCUGGAAGUAGAUGGCAUCAGCCUUUGUGGCAUCACCCACAAACAGGCUGUGGAACACCUUAAGAAAUCUGGGCAGAUUGCCAAACUGGUUCUAGAAAGGGAAAGCUACCCAUUGGCAGAGCCACACCUGACUGCUAAUAAUAGAAAAGAGGACCAAUGUACAAUUGUUUCUGAGGCAACGUCCUUCACAGAUGGUACCAAAGACUACUGCUUUUUGACAGACGAUAAUAUAUUUGAAGUCAAACUGACAAAGAAUUCUGGAGGCCUCGGCUUUAGUGUUCUGCAAAUGGAAGAAGAUGCUUGUGAACACCUUGGAGGACCUAUUGUCAGGAUCAAAAGACUGUUUCCAGGGCAGCCAGCUGAAGAGAAUGGUGAAAUUGAAGUUGGGGACAUUAUUUUAGCUGUGAAUGGGAAACCUACUCAAGGACUUUUUUAUCAGGAUGUCCUGCACUUGUUGAGAGGAGCUCCUCCAGAGGUCACACUACUACUUUGCAGACCACCAAAAGGUGUUCUUCCAGAAAUAGAACAAAGUGCCCUGACUCCAGCACCAUCUCCAAUUAAGGAAUUUGUGGCAGAAAUGCCAGGCAGUACAGAGGUAGGAAAUAGUAUAGAUCAGUCUACUGAUGGAGGUAGCACCUCUACAGACCUUGAAGAUUGCCUGGAUUCUCCAGUGGCAGCAGAUUUCAGUGAUCCUCCUGAAGAGGACAGCUCCACUUAUGAAGAGCAGGAAGCUGAGUUUCAAGAGAAAAUCACACAGAGGCUUAUGACACCCAGGGAAGGUUUCUAUAAGCAUCUUUGGAAGUUUCAUAAAGAAGCUGCCAGUUCUGAGGUCUCCCACUCCCUAGAGGAAGAAAUGAAGCAGAACUGCUACUCACCAUGUGAAUUGGGAUGGGCCAAAAGCUCAACAUCUGUGACCUCAGUUUCACGGGAAGGAAGCUCCGAGACACUCUCCCCAAGGACAAUUCCACAGCCACGUGUCUCUGGUCCCUUCUCAUCAUCCUCACCUGCUAGAGAGACACAUGACAGUGACAAUGAAUGGGAAGACUUGGACGAGCCAGAGGAGGAGAAGGAAGAAAAGGAAGAAAGGGAAAUGGAGAUCUUUGUAACUUUGACAAAGUCAGAGAACAAUGGUUAUGGAUUCUCUGUAGUUUUUAACAAAGUGGACGCCUGCCUGUAUGUUGAUGAAAUCUUGAAUGACCCUGCCCUAUCUGAUGGAAGGCUAAGAAGGGGAGACAGAAUCAUUAUGGUGAAUGGAAUUGAUGUCACAUCUUUACCAUGCAAUGAAGUCCUGACUUUACUGCAAAAAUCUCCUCCUGAUCUGCACCUUGUGGUUGGCCGAGCUGACAGUGAUCCACGUCCCUCUAUUAGGCCAGAUGAGAUUCCUGAAAUUACUCUCACAAAAGGUGCCAAUGGACAGCUAGGCUUGAAGUUGACAGGAGGAGCUGGAAGCAAGUUGCAAGGUAUUUAUGUGCUAGACAUAGUGCCUGGCUCUCCUGCCAGUGUGGAAGGCAGUUUGCAGCCACGAGAUCAGAUUGUUUACAUCUGUGGACUGUGGACUGAGGGCAUUAGCCUGGAUGAUGCAGUGAGAGUGUGUGAAGCUGCCACCCAGAAUGUUCAAAUCAAAGCCACAAGAAAUGGCAAUCCAGUGGUUCCCAUAGAGCAGGAAAAUAAGAAACAUUUAGAGGAAACUAACUGUAAUGCUCAGCAAAACACUCCUGAUUCUCCAGAAUGUAAGGACUUCAUAAUCAAGAUUGAGCUGGAAAAAGCAGAAAAUGGAAGCCUAGGAUUUGCAUUGGUAGGUGGAAGAAAUGGCAGGGCUAUCUUAAUAAAAGCCAUCAGCCCAGACAGCAUUGCUGAUCUAGAUGGGAGGCUCCAAGUUGGUGACAUCCUACUUAAGGUGAAUGAAACUUUGGUGUCUGGUCUGUCACGACAAACAGUGAUAGAUUUGCUGCGCAAGGCUCAAGGCACUGUCCAACUCACUGUCUGCCGAAGCAUGGCCUUACAAUGGGCUUAUUCAGACAGUCAGAGCAGCAGUAUACCUUCCCCUCCAAACACAAAAGUAGAGCCUGAUAGUGCUGAGGGAAACCCGAAAGCUUGGCCUGUUUUCACUUUCAAGGAAGAAGAAUCCAAGCAAACGUGCACCCAGGGUGCAGAAAGUACACACAAUUUCCCUCUGCAAGGUCAGAUGGCUGGGCAAGGCUAUAAGGAGAUCAUCAGUGAUAUUUCAGACAGGUCACAGAAAUAUGCAGAAUGUGAAGACUGUGGAAGAGAGAGUCAACAGUCUGAAUCAGACAUCUGCAACAAUGAAGAAGAUAAUGUGCCCCACAAGAUUUCCACUCUACCUAGAAGCAGAACCUUUGCUUCUGGUGAUGAACUCACUCAGCUAAUUAAACCAUCACUGACUGGAGUAGGUCCAAGGACUGGCAUCACAGGUCUUAUUCAAGACCUUCAGUUGUGGAUUGAGAAUCAAGAAGUGUUCAAGGAGUUUAUGGUUUUAGAACGCAUGAAACCAAUAGAUGACUGCAGAACUGGCAAAGCACCAGAAAACCAGGGAAAAAACAGAUACAGAGAUAUUCUUCCAUAUGAUAAGACACGAGUUCCUCUGGGAGAGAAGAGUGGCUACAUUAAUGCAAGUUACAUUAGAAUGAAAGUUGGAGAAGAGGAACAUUUCUAUAUUAUAACCCAAGGGCCUCUGCCAUCCACUAUGGCUGAUUUCUGGCAAAUGGUCUGGGAGAAUGAAUCAGAUGUGAUUGCCAUGAUGACAAAAGAAGUGGAGCUAGGGCAAGUCAAAUGUCAUCGAUACUGGCCUGAACCUCCCCAUGACUCUAUAGACCUGGCUAAUUUCCAUCUCAGGCUACACAAUUACCAGAUUCUGCAGUACUUCAUAAUUAGAACAAUAGAAAUGAUCAACAAGCAGACAGAAGAGAAGCGCAUUGUAAGUCACUUGCAGUUUAUUACUUGGCCUGACCACAACACUCCCAGACUGGCUGAGCAGCUUGUAAAAUUUAUUAGUUAUAUGAAAAAAGCUCACAGUACAGGACCUAUUGUUGCUCACUGUAGCACUGGCAUUGGAAGAAGUGGUGUUUUGCUGUGUGUUGAAGUCCUGCUUAGCUAUAUAGAAAAAGAUUUACAUUUCAACAUCAAGCAGAUAGUUAGAGACCUGAGACGUCAGCGUUUUGGCAUGAUCCAAACUAAGGAUGAAUAUUUAUUCUGUUAUGAAGUUGUGCUGGAAGUCCUUCAGAACCUUCAAGCAAUGGAUUCCUACUGACUGCAGUAUGACUCUUCCCUGUUGCUAUUCCCCUUGGACUCCAGUGGCUACUCAGCAAUUGCUUUAAAGAGAUGUCAAACCAGUACAGACAAGUGCUACAUUAUAUGCUUUGAUAGACCACUCUGAUUUCUAAGGCAUUUCAAAAUCUUGCUUAACAUUUCCUGUGUAAGUCAUUUAAAUCUCAGCUCACAGUUUGAAGAAACUGCUAGCCAGCACUUGCAACACUGCUGCUAAAUUGCCAUGGACACUUUACAUGCGCUGUAUAAUAACAUAUAAACUGUUUAGGAAAAUAUUCUGGGACUGUGACAAGGAGAUAGCAGCCUUAGGAAAUAGCUUUACUUUCCAGAGGGCAACUAAUAUUCUGCUGGUGUUGGUGGAAGAUUAGUUGUCCCUUAUAUAUAUUGUUGUGCACUAUUGGCUUCUGGACUGAAGAUCAGUAUUUUCUACAGUAGUUACGCUUCUCUGUAGAUGGACUCAAUUUGUUUACCUUGGAUUGCCUGAGCAGUCUAGAACCAUUUCCAGUCAUCACUCCAGCCCAGAAAUUAAUUCCACCAUCACUAGACAUUUUAAGUGAAGAAACUGACAGGAAAAUAGGAUGCCUUUAAAUUCUAAUUGGUUCUCUUCAAAGCAGGAAGAACAUUCCAAAAAUGGGAUGGA